GUGUGUGUGUGCGUUUGGGGAGGCAGCAACAGAGAGGCAGGGAUGGGACGCUGCGCGGUUAAUCCAACUUCAGCGAAGUUGGUACCCGAGCUUCAUCCCAGCCGCGUCUUUGCGAAGAUGUGGCGGUCAUGUGUGCUUGAAACAGCGCACAUCUAACCAGAAUUUAGACGGCGACUGUUAGUUGUAAAGUCAAGAUGACAGUACUGAAAGACAUUCCGGAGAAAUGGUUUCCAGUCGUUCUCCCACUGCAAAGAAAGAAACAGAAAGGACUAAAUGGAGAUAAAAAGAAGCGGGCAGAGGAGGAGAGAAGGGUCAGAGCCAAUGACAGAGAGUACAACGAAAAGUUUCAGUAUGCGAGUAACUGCAUCAUGACAUCCAAGUACAACAUCAUCACGUUCCUGCCCGUCAACUUGUUUGAGCAGUUUCAGGAAGUAGCCAACACCUACUUCCUUUUCCUGCUCAUACUGCAGUUAAUACCUCAGAUCUCCUCACUCUCCUGGUUCACCACCAUCGUGCCUUUAGCUCUGGUGCUGAGCAUCACUGCAGUAAAGGAUGCCACAGACGACUACUUCCGUCACAAGAGCGACAACCAAGUGAACAACCGCCAGUCUCAGGUCCUCAUCCACGGCUCGCUACAGAAUGAAAAGUGGAUGAAUGUUCGAGUGGGUGAUAUCAUUAAACUGGAAAACAACCAAUUUGUGGCAGCUGACCUGCUCCUGUUGUCCAGCAGUGAACCUCAUGGCCUCUGUUACAUCGAGACAGCCGAGCUGGACGGAGAGACCAAUAUGAAGGUGCGUCAGUCUGUCUCAGUGACAUCUGAACUUGGAGACCAGAACAAUUUGGCUUCGUUUGACGGUGAGGUGGUGUGUGAGCCCCCCAACAACAAGCUGGACCGUUUCUGCGGGACUCUGUACUGGCAAGAUAAAAAAUACACCCUGACCAACCAGAACAUGCUGCUACGAGGAUGUGUCCUUCGCAACACUGAGGCCUGCUACGGCCUGGUCAUCUUCGCAGGCCCUGAUACCAAACUAAUGCAGAACAGCGGUCGCACUAAGUUUAAGCGUACAAGCAUCGAUCGUCUGAUGAACACUCUGGUCCUCUGGAUCUUUGGUUUCCUGGUGUGUAUGGGUGUGAUCCUAGCUGUGGGUAACGCAGUGUGGGAGAGAGAGGUGGGCUCCCUAUUUCAGAGCUAUCUGCCCUGGGACCCUCCUGUAGACAACUUCCUCUUUUCGGCCUUCCUCUCCUUCUGGUCCUACGUCAUCAUUCUCAACACCGUGGUGCCUAUCUCUCUGUAUGUCAGUGUGGAGGUGAUCAGGCUGGGUCACAGCUACUUCAUAAACUGGGAUCAGCAGAUGUUCUGCUCACAGUGUAACACAGCAGCUGAGGCCAGGACCACCACUCUGAACGAGGAGCUGGGCCAGGUUGAAUACAUCUUCAGUGACAAGACUGGAACUCUCACUCAGAACAUCAUGAGCUUCAAUAAAUGCUCCAUCAAUGGACAGACAUACGGUGAAGUAACAGACCCGCUGGCACCUCAGCCAAAAAGAUUGGACUUCACUCCUUUCAAUCCCCUUGCGGACCCGGACUUCUGUUUCUAUGACGACACCCUGCUGGAAUCAGUGAAAGUGGGAGACUCACACACUCACCAGUUUUUCCGCCUGCUGUCCCUCUGUCACACCGUGAUGAGUGAGGAAAAGAGCGAGGGAGAGCUGGUUUAUAAGGCUCAGUCUCCAGAUGAGGGCGCUCUAGUGACAGCAGCUCGCAACUUUGGCUUUGUGUUUCGCUCCCGAACACCUGGGACGAUAACCACCACAGAGAUGGGACGACCUGUCACCUACUCUCUGCUCGCCAUACUGGACUUCAACAACAUACGCAAGAGGAUGUCUGUUAUAGUGCGCAACCCAGAGGGCAGGAUCCGUCUUUACUGUAAAGGAGCAGACACCGUGCUGCUGGAGAGACUCCACCCCUGCAACCAGGAGCUAAUGAAUAUUACGUCAGACCACCUGAAUGAGUAUGCAGCAGACGGUUUGCGAACACUGGCGUUGGCCUAUAGAGACCUGUCAGAGGACGAGUGGGAGUCAUGGUCAGAGAGCCACCGCUGUGCGGACAAGGCCACCAACUGCAGAGAGGACCGACUGGCUGCUGCUUAUGAGGAGAUCGAACAAGACAUGAUGCUCCUCGGUGCCACAGCUAUAGAGGACAAGCUGCAGGAAGGCGUCCCAGAGACCAUCGCUGUCCUCUCUCUGGCAAACAUUAAGAUCUGGGUUCUCACUGGAGACAAGCAGGAGACAGCUGUCAAUAUUGGUUACUCCUGCAAGAUGCUGACAGACGAUAUGACAGAGGUGUUCAACAUCACUGGACACACUGUUCAGAGCGUACGGCAGGAGCUCAGGAGGGCGAGGGAAAGGAUGAUUGAGCUGCCACGAACCAGAGUUGGAGUGAAGGAUGAGGGGAUGGAGGGAUGCGGAGAGGCUUGUUUCAUGGGAAACGGGUUCAGAGGACAAGAAGAAGGACAUGGUACAGGGGGAGGAGGAGAAAAACAGCUGCAGUGCCCUCUUCCUCCUGCUCCUCCUCCUCCUGCUCUGCCUCCUCCACCUCCCACCAACCUCUUGGAGAACAUCUCUGGGGAGUUUGCCCUUGUAAUCAACGGUCACAGUCUGGCCCAUGCACUUGAAGCAGACAUGGAGAUGGAGUUUCUGUCAACAGCGUGUGCGUGCAAAGCGGUGAUCUGCUGCAGAGUCACCCCGCUGCAAAAAGCUCAGGUGGUGGAGCUCAUCAAGAAACACAAAAAGGCCGUCACUCUGGCAAUAGGAGAUGGAGCUAACGAUGUUAGCAUGAUCAAAAGUGCUCAUAUUGGAGUCGGUAUCUCAGGUCAGGAGGGGAUACAGGCCGUCCUGGCCAGUGACUACUCCUUCGCCCAGUUCCGCUUCUUACAGCGCCUCCUGCUGGUGCACGGCCGCUGGUCCUACUUGCGCAUGUGUCGUUUCCUCUGCUACUUCUUCUACAAGAACUUUGCCUUCACCAUGGUGCACUUCUGGUUCGGCUUCUUCUGUGGCUUCUCUGCACAGACAGUGUAUGAUCAGUACUUCAUCACUCUCUACAACAUUGUCUACACGUCCCUCCCUGUGCUGGCCAUGGGGAUAUUUGACCAGGAUGUUCCUGAUCUGAGGAGUCUGGAGUAUCCUAAACUGUACGAGCCUGGACAGCUCAACCUCCUCUUCAACAAGAGGGAGUUCUUCAUCUGCAUCACACAGGGCAUCUACACUUCAGUGGUGUUGUUUUUUGUCCCCUGCGCCAUCCUGUCCGAUGCCACACAGAGCAAUGGAGUGCCCCUUGCUGACUACCAGACCUUUGCAGUCACCACGGCAACAGCCCUGGUCAUUGUAGUCAGUGUACAGAUCGCGCUGGACACGGGCUUCUGGACAGUAAUCAACCAUGUGUUUGUGUGGGGCUCUCUGGGCUCCUACUUCACCAUCAUGUUGGCUCUGCACAGUCAGACCCUCUUCAGGAUCUUUCCCAAUCAGUUCCACUUUGUAGGUAGUGCCCAGAGCACGUUAUUGCAACCAGUCGUGUGGUUAACUAUUGCGCUGGCAACAGCAAUAUGCAUAGUUCCAGUUUUGGCAUUCCGCUUCCUCAAGGUGGACCUCAAACCUCAGCUCUCCGACACGGUGCGCUACACUCAGCUGGUGCACCAGAAGAAGCGUAAGCCGGUAGGUCGUAGCAUGGGUGAUGCCUGGAAUGGGGUGGGCAGUGUGUCAGAGAGCCGUCUGGGAGCUCGCGGUGGUUCUAGGAGGUCAGGCUACGCCUUUGCCCACCAGGAAGGAUUUGGAGAGCUGAUUACCUCAGGGAAGAACAUGAGGCUCUCGUCUCUGGCCCUGGCCACCUUUGCCUCCAGACACAGCUCCAGCUGGAUUGACACGCUCCGCAGGAAGAAACAUACUCAUGCUCACACUCCACCCAGCGCCUCCGGGGAAUGCAGCCCAGCGCCCAGUUAUGUCUCUGGGUCAGUUGCGCCACUCUCCAACUCCUCCUCUGUUCUGGGUGGCUCACAAGAUACGCCCAUCGAGGAGGAAACUGGAACGGCACCAGCCCAAAAUAUGCAGACUGUUCUCACCUCAUCCACACAAACCCCACCAGCUUUAGCACCAACAUCAGAAGCAUCUGCACCUCAGGCUUCAGGCCAGGCCCUCAAUGCUGGCAUCCUCACUCCCACAGCAGUGAGGUUGGACGGGGGAGACUCACCCGGAGGCUGGACAAUCACUCUGGAGACUGUGCAGGAAGCUCUGUUUGGUUGGAAGGCCCGAGCCACUGCAUCCAGCAGCCCGGGCCCACCCUCUGUUGCCAAGGAAACCAGCCAAAAUGAGUGAAACUUUCAGAAUAAAUGGAGGAAUAACUUAUUCACUACUGUCCGUCACAUGUUUGUACACACACGUGUUGUGUGCAGAUACUGAGAGCACACAGACUGUUAAUAUAAAAAUGCUCCAUUCUCUGUUUCACUACUGAAACUUCUGUAAUAAAUCAAACCAAUUCAAAUCACAGGAAGAAGUGGCACGUCCUAACAACACUGAUCUUGCCAACCAUGAAUUGGGAUUUAGUGGCGAUAUGUUCCCACGGCAUACGAUAACUGUGUUUAUGAAUGAUUGAUAGAACAUCAUGACCUGAAAGAUUGUUUCCACUUGUUAUUUCAGAACAUUUAGCCUCACUUGUCGUACAACAUCUGUCAAAAUCAACAAUGGGUUGAAUGAAUGAGCUGAAUAACAAGAUUUUCAAUCGGUGAGAUGCAGGCAUUAUUAUGUGUAAAAGUGUUUUUGUCAGAAAAUAUCCCCAAGCCUCUGUGUUCACUAUAGUUCUCAGUGAGAACGGUACUUUAAUUUACAGAGCACUGCAAGACUGUUGCAAAACUUGUGUCCCUUUUCUCUUAUUGAUCUGUUUUCUUACUCCACGUUUCUUUUUUUGCAUCAUAUUGAUGUGUUUUAUAAUGGCCUAGUUGAGUUGCACCUUAAAGCAAGCUCUUAGUGCUUUCUCUUCCCUUUGCAAGUGUUUUGCAUUAGGCCUAAUCGUGCUAAUGUACAUCUGAUGUUAUGUCUCAUACCACCAGAAAAUCUGAACAACUGACAAACUGCCGCUAGCUUACUUUAGGUUAGACCUGGGCAAAGUGCAAAGAAACUCUGUAAUAAUUAAAGAGGCAGUAAUGGAUCGUACAUGUUGUCAUUUUAUGUGAACAGAUUCAUACUGUACACUUCAGUAAAGUGCUUUACAUUUUUAUUUAUCCAUGAAUAAAGGGAAGGCAUUUGGGGAUAACGAUGCCUUAAC